CGUGGGAAGAAUCCAAACGGCAGCCCUGGUUGAUCUUCGCCGAACCAAAACCCGUGCAGGAAUGCCAAUGCCUGCCGGUUCUGUGUGCUCAAGUCUCGCUUCCUUCCACGCUGCUCUCGGAGAAUCCGUAGGGUGUUUGUGUGCAUUGAUUAGCCCUCUGGUUGGAUCUGAGCCCUCUCCCAACGGCUUAUGUCUUCUGAAACGGCACGUUACUCCAUUUCAGAUGAGCAAUGCGCAAUAGGGUCAAAACUUCGGACUAAAGAUUCUGCUGAUCGGUAAUCCUCUCCUCAACAACAUCUCCCCGUGUCCCUCUGUCUGGCGUGUGCCUUCUCACCAGUCCACCGGCUGGCCAAGCUUUGUUCGACGAGUCGCCGUCCCCAUCAUUGAUUGCCAGUGCCGGUCGUACGUAUUCGCCGCAACUUUCGCGACGUGCUUCACUCCCUCCCGUAUCUCAGAUCCCCUAACGCAACCCUCUCCCCCAAGGCCAUAAGGAUUCGGCCGUUAACUCUAUAUGCUAUGUUGCCCCUGAUCGUGCUAAAGGAAAAUGGAGCCAGACCGUCGUAAUGGUUUUAGGAGGGAUCCAGACCGGCAGGAUUACCAUAGACGACCGAUUGAACGACGUCCAAGUAAAAAGUCCUCCUCCAAAGAUCGGCACGGUGUUGUAUAUCCUGAAAGUUUUCGUGACGCUACUAUCAGAACUGUCACGCCGGAUUCAAUGUCCGACAAUGCCAAUAACUCUCCAAUGUCCGACGCAGAGUAUAUGUCGGAAACCACAACGUCCCCGCAUGCUACCCUUCGUGCGAAACACCGCGAACGACGUCAGGAGUCUGCUCCCUAUUUCUCCGCAGGUGAUGACGAGGAUCUAGGGCUCGGGCCGAAAAGCCUGAGGGCAAGAUCCAGAACCACCCUGGAUGAUCAACGAAGUGAAAUAUCCCAGAGUCUUUUGUCACGGACCAGAACAAGACUAGGUUCUAUCAAUGUGGCCUCGCAAUCUUCAAAGGGAUCUGAGGAUUCGGUUUCGUCCAUUGGAUACCCUUCCAUAAUCCAAUCCCCGACCCAACGACAGAGGCUUAGCAAGGCACCAUCAGGUGGGGCAUCGCUUGUGGCUAGUUCUUCGCGUCUAUCGUCAUACGGAUCACCGUUGUCGAACUCCGACUCUUCAAAAAUAUUACAGCUGAUGAAGACAACAUGUGGUAGAAUGCAUGGCAUUCUUUCUUUCCGUGCUUCAGGGAGUACUUCCUGGACCUCUGGAUACUGCGCCAUAAACGUGGCCAGCGGAAGCCUAAUAUAUCAGGCGAAGGGAGAGCCGGCCGCAGCAAAAACACUGAUACCAGACCUCAGGGGAUGUCGCGUCCGUACUCUGUACGAUACGGAAAUACAAGGCUCAUAUCUGAGUGUUUCAGCUCACUCUUCUACUGUCGGCAUACACUUAAGACCCCAUGUAAUUGAAACCUUCGAUUCUUGGCUGGCCGCUCUUCUUUGUUGGCAACCGAUCCGCCCCAAAGGUGUCCAGAAUAAAAUGACCAAACCACAAUCGGUUGCAAUUGGUAACCACCGCUUUCCAGAGCGGAGAAGAAACUCUGAAAGCACAAUACAAAAAGAGGCCGCAAUAAUCAAAGUUGGGCAGAUGCUUUUGUGGGACAGACAGACGGCAUCCGGCCUUCUCCCGCCCCCAACGCCUAAAAGAAUUUCCACCUUCAAGCAGCAGCGGGCCUUAUCACCAUCGUGGCGUAAACUCUCCCGGUGCGCUAUCCAGCAAUUAGAACCAUCAGUCCUGCACGACGAAUUUUGUAUCGCCAUUUAUCCCCAGUACUCUGUUCAUGCUGGAGGAGACCAGCUGACUCGCCCGAUUUACCUGUCUCUCGAAAGUCGCAUCCUGUUCGAAGUUUGGUUUGUCUUAUUACGUGCGUUCACGAUACCAGAGUUGUACGGCCCCGAACAACCUCCGCCGAACGAUGAUCCCGCGCGGAAUCAUUCCCUGGCUGUUGCUAACGCAACUUCUACCGCUGACAUGUUCCGUAUUGAGCGAUUGCUAUCGAUUCGAAUAAUAGAGGCUAAGAUGUUCACCUCUGUUAAAGACAGUGUGGAGGUCACAAAGACCAAAAAGGCUGUGAAGCCCCACCUGUCUCAAAUGAAAAUACGCGCUUCUGGCGACUACUAUGCCGAAGUUUUACUCGAUGGAGAAGUGCGGGCGAAGACUGCUGCUAAACAUGAUACUUCAACGCCUUUUUGGCGAGAAGAUUUUACCUUCCACGAUUUACCGCCUGUCCUAUCUAAUGCAUCUAUAAUGGUUAAGACGUUGAAUUCGACCCAAAAAGACUGGACAUUAAUAUCCCGUGCGCCAUACUCCUUUGAGGACGUUAGCAGUGAUCCUUUGUCGAUAGUGGGUGACGUCGAGAUUACUUCGCAGGAUGCUACAUACGGCAGAAUUGACCUCCGUUUGGAGGAUUUAGAGCGUGGAUCUGGCCCGGAAAAAUGGUGGCCAAUUCUGGAUGAUCAUGAUCAGCCGGUAGGGGAAAUGCUAAUGAGGGUCCAACUGGAUGAGACGGUUGUCUUGAUAUCCAAAGAGUAUGAAGCGAUGUCUGAGCUACUACACUCAUUUUCGAACGGACUUACGGUGAAUCUUGCGCACCUCGUCCCUCCAGAGUUACGUCAGUUGUCGGAAACCUUCCUUGACAUUUUCCAAGUAUCAGGGCAGGCAGGAGAGUGGAUUAUGGCGCUUGUUGAAGAUGAAAUAGAUGGAAUCCAUAAAGAUUCAACAGCAAGUCGAUUGAGAUACACUAGUCGAAGUCGUAUUCAUUCGAACGACUCGUACGAAUCGACCCAGGAACGAGAAGCUCUCGUGCGUGAUCUGGGUAGAUCAGCUACCGUUGAAGCCAACUUGCUUUUUCGGGGUAAUUCUCUGCUAACAAAGUCUCUGGAUAUGCAUAUGCGUCGACUCGGAAAGGAAUACCUCGAGGAAACCAUUGGAGCCGGAUUAAGGGACAUUGACGAGAGCGACCCUGAUUGCGAAAUUGAUCCCAAUAAAGUCAGUCGACAUGAGGAUUUGGAACGUAAUUGGCGAAAUUUAAUUUUGCUCACGAGCAGUAUGUGGAAAUCUAUUGCCAAUUCUGCCUCUCGCUGCCCUGCUGAAUUGAGGCACAUCUUCCGGCAUAUAAGAGCCUGUGCGGAAGAUCGCUAUGGUGAUUUCUUGCGGUCUGUUGCAUAUAGCAGCGUUUCUGGAUUCCUAUUCCUUCGCUUCUUUUGCCCUGCAAUACUGAAUCCAAAGCUGUUUGGAUUGCUUAAAGAACAUCCUCGUCAACGGGCUCAACGCACCUUGACCCUCAUUGCAAAAGCAUUGCAAGGACUGGCUAAUUUGGCCACGUUUGGAAACAAGGAACCAUGGAUGGAACCUAUGAAUAAGUUCCUGCUGUCCCACCGCAGUGAAUUUAAGGACUUUGUGGAUUCUAUCUGCUCCAUACCAGCGGAGCGCCCGGCUCAAAUAGUCAACCCAUCUUACGCCACGCCAAUUCAGAUUUUAAACCGCUUACCACCCACCUCGCGGGAAGGAUUCCCAAGUCUCCCAUUCUUGAUUGAUAAUGCGAAAAGCUUUGCUUUCUUGGUUCGGUUAUGGCUUGAAUCCGCACCGCCGAAUCUGAUGGUCAUGUCUGAUAUAGACGAAACUGUCCUUCAGUUCCAUAAGCUGUGUCUUCAGAUCCAACAGCGCACCAAGGAUUGCCUCAACAAAGCCGAGCAAGCCGAACGUCCAAACGGAAAUCUUGAGGUGAAAUGGGAAGAACUUGUCGAGCAGUUUGAGAAGUCAAGCACAUUCUAUGAGGAGAGCUCGAGCAAGGCGAACACUCCCUCCGUGGAGACAGCGAUGUCAAACGUUGCAGCAAUGUCGGGAAACAAUAGGAAUUCGAUUGGCUAUUUUUCUAGGCCACCUUUCCAGCAUAGAAAUACGGAUAUGAGCAAUGCAAGUGAAGAUGCGGAGGAUGACCCACGGUCACAUGCAAUAUCAACAAACUGGGAUCCUGGCCGGCCUAAAUUCACGGUGCCAAAGUAUUCAGAAGCCAGAGAAAGCGCUGACAGCUCCCAUAACUCGUCUACGUAUUCUCUGGAAUAUCCUGAGCAACCAAAAAUCCGUCAAUCUAGCGUUUCCAAAGAGUCCUCUAGCAAAUACCGAUUGUUUGAUUUGGUGGGGAACUCUAGGCGGAAGGCUAGGGAAAAAGAAUCCCAGCAAUUCCUCCCAUCUGACUUGGGUCCUCGAGAUGAAUAUAUAUGACUUAUAGAGCCGCCACCUUGACCAUCUACAGGUUUGGCUGAUAUGGUAACUUGCAGCAUAUGAUUUUAUGAACUCAAUACUCUCCUAUCUAUUCUUGUUACACCCUUUAGUUUAAGACUAGUAUACACUUCUUUUCCCCUUCUGAUGCCUCUCCUAACCGUCAUGCAUGUGUGAAGCUUAGAUUUCUGCUUGUUUAGGCUCUAUGAUUUCGUGCACAUAUUUUAUUUUAAUGUUUCUCAACAAAAAAAAAAAAAAA